UGUUCAUUGAGAUCUGUUUGGUUUGAAUUUGAUAUAUUCGAACUAGUUAUUGACUUGUAUAAAUUACUGUAGGUGGACUUUAUCAUGGGGAUUCUUUCUCGCCUUGUGACAAAGCAGAUAUGGAAAUAUCCGAAGUUGUGGGUGGGAUUCUUGAAGUGUGUGCAGCUGACAAAACCACAGUCAUUUAGCGUUUUGCUUCAGCUGCCUCCAGCACAAUUGGAGAAUGCAUUAAAUAGAAUUUCAGCCUUGAAGGCACCAUUGAUUGCACAUGCUAGCCAGCCAGAUAUACAAUCCAAACUUCCGAGGGCUAUGCUAGUUGUUCUUGGAAUUGCAUCCGAUUCUCAAGUCUCAUCAAGUCAAGCACAAACUACUCAGACACAGAUUACUCAGACACAGAUUACUCAGACACAAACUAGUCAGACACAGACUACUCAGACACAAACUAGUCAGACACAGACUACUCAGACACAAACUAGUCAAACACAUACUACUCAGACACAAACUAGUCAAACACAGACUGGUGAGACAAGCAACUCAGACAAGGACACAGUAACAGAGAAAUCUAAAGAAUCAUCUACCGCGAGCUAAAAUAUAAGCAACCAUGAUGAUGUGGUGGAAUUUACUAUUCAACUGCGAGUCUCAGGUUGAAUUAGCCUAGACCUGACCGAGACUAACCGCAAUCAGCUCUGACCGACAGAGGAAUAAGGAGCUAAUACUGAUAAUUCAACACAUUCAGAUAGCUAAAUAGUUGGGCUGUGCUCAGGGUUUUUGUGCCCUUCACUGUACCUUGGCAUUAGGCAACAACCCAGCCUGUACAUGUAUAUAGAUGGAAUAAUGUGUAUUGGAAUGGAAUGGUUCCUAUUUUGGCCCCAAUUUUAUUUUAUUUACUGUUUGAACAUAAUGUGUUCCUAUUAAAAUGUGUAUAUACACGUUGAUUUUCCCCAGUGGAAACUAUUUUAGCGUUUGUCUUGCGCAUCUGUAUCUCUGAUUAAGACAAGGAUCAGAGAAUCUUUACACAUACUCUACUUUUUUAGAUUUGCUUUUUAAAUUGUGUUGAGUUACUUCGAUCUCU